AUGGAGUUUCCUGAGACGUUGCUGGUUGAGGCCGAGAGUGGUCUACUAGUCCGCGAGGUGCAGGAAGAAAUCGCAAAACGGAUGCGAUGCCCACCAAAGCAUGCAAACUCCGUUAUGCAAUUCAACAUGGGAGAGGGAAAGUCCUCCGUCGUCGUCCCGAUCAUCGCUGCCUAUCUGGCUCAAGGCGACUUGCUUGUCAGAGUCAUUGUUGCAAAGUCGCAGUCACGACAGAUGUUUCAAAUGCUGGUCGCAAAGCUCGGCGGGCUGCUCAACAGGAGAAUCUACCAUAUGCCGUUCUCUAGAGCCCUUAAACUCAGUCCCUCCGAAGCUGAUGCUAUUGGCGAGAUGUUACAAGAAUGCAGGGAUAACCGCGGUAUUCUGCUCGUCCAACCUGAACACAUCUUGUCCUUCAAGCUUAUGGGCAUCGAGUGCCUCCUCAGCGGGCAGCCUGACGUAGCAAGGUCACUUUUGCCAACUCAGCGUUUCUUCGACACACACUCCCGGGACGUUGUCGAUGAAAGUGACGAGAAUUUCAGUGUCAAGUUUGAGUUGGUGUACACAAUGGACAGAUGGAUCAUAAUCCACUCACUCUUGGGAUUGGUCACCAGAUACGCCGCCGAUGUCAAGAAAAUGUUUCCCUCUUCGAUUGAAUUCAACAAACACCAGGCGUCACAGUAUCCUCGCACGCGCAUUCUCCGUGGUGAUGCAGAAGAAAAGCUACUGGACCUGAUCUCCGAACACAUAUGCACGGUCGGCAUCUCAGGUCUUCUUUUCAUAGCGCGGCAGCCUUCCAAGAUAAGACGGACUAUCCUACGCUACAUCCGCCAGCGUAAUCUCACCCCUGCAGACGUUGACGCAGUUGAAAAGGAAAAUUUCUUCACAGAAACUACCAAAGGCCCGCUGCUCCUCUUGCGGGGUCUCAUUGCAGGUGGUGUGCUAAGCUUUGCGCUAAAGUCUAAGCGAUGGAGGGUCAAUUACGGUAUCGAUUCCAGCCGCAAACCAAAAACCCAGUUAGCUGUGCCAUACCGCUCGAAAGACAGUCCGUCGCCCCGGUCCGAGUUCAGUCAUCCGGAUGUGGUCAUCACGCUCACGUCACUUACCUAUUACUAUGGCGGUCUAGAUGAUCAGGAUCUCUUUGACACGUUUGCACAUCUCGAAAAGUCGGAUCAAUCCGAUGUUGAGUACGGAAUAUGGGUCCGCUCGGCAAGAGCUCUUCCCGAGGCCUUCCAGCAUCUCACGG